GGGUGGGAAAAAAAGAUCAAAACGCAAAAAUCCGCCGAAUCCUUUGGAGUUUCGACAUCUUGCUUUCAUCCUAAGAGACGCUCGCUAGCCAGGAGCCCCCCAUGACCCUGAACCGCGACGACAAACUGCGAUACCUGGACAAGCGGCGCGGCAGCAUGCCCUUCGCGGCCCAUCAUCCGCAGCAACCCCUCCAUCGGCGCAGCAUGCCGGUGGACGAGCGGGACCUCCAGUCUUCGUUGCCGCCCUCGCCCCGGGGCCAGCUCUCCGGCCUGAUGCGCUGCACCUCCUACAACCCGGGCGAGGAAGAGGAGGAGGAGACGCAGCGGCCGGGCUGGAAUUCCGACUCCUCCGAUUCGGUCAUCUCGUCCGGCAGCGACUCGGAAGGCGGCCUCUACAAGGUGAUGCUGCUGGGCGAGCACGGCGUGGGCAAGACCAGCCUGGCCAGGAUCUUCGGGGGCGUCGAGGACGGCCCGGAUGCCGAGGAGGCAGGCAAUACAUAUGACAGAUCUAUUAUAGUUGACGGGGAAGAAGCAUCUCUUGUGGUGUUUGACAUAUGGGAGCAGGAUGAAAGCCAGUGGCUUCAGAACCAUUGUAUGAAGAUGGGAGACGCUUACAUUAUCGUCUAUUCGGUGACCGAUAAAGUCAGCUUUGAGAAAGCGUCUGAAUUGAGGAUUCAGCUGCGAAGGGCACGGCAAAUGGAAGAUAUUCCUAUCAUUCUUGUUGGAAACAAAAGUGACCUGGUUCGAUCACGGGAAGUCUCUGUAGACGAGGGACGGGCUUGUGCCGUUGUCUUUGACUGCAAGUUUAUCGAGACCUCAGCCGCACUUCAUCACAACGUCAAAGAUCUCUUCGAGGGGAUCGUCCGGCAGAUCCGGCUACGCAAAGAUAGCAAAGAGGACAACGCCCGAAGGAUGGCCAACACAAAGAGGAGAGAGAGCAUCAGUAAGAAAGCCAAACGAUUCCUGGGGAAAAUGGUGGCCAAAAACAACAAGAAAAUGGCCUUUAAAGCCAAAUCAAAAUCCUGCCACGACUUAUCAGUACUUUAAAAAAAAGGAGCUCGUGGCAACAUUAGAAGUAUGUGAGUAUGUGUGAGUGUGUUGUGAACCUGUCUCUGGCAGUUAAAGAGUGAAGAAAAAGGACCUUGUGCGAAGCGACAGAACGGAGGGAAAUGGAUUCCUUCAUGCCUUACAGUUCCUACGCAACGCUAGGAAUGGAGAUUACAGGACCAUCGUUGUUAGAACGGUUUCUAACCUUCAGCAAAAGAAUGGAUUUCUUUAAAAAAAAAAAUUCAGCAGCUUUGUAACCCCUUCGGUCUCACUGUGUAAAAUUGCUAGCUGUCCUGUGGAUAUCAGGGAAUCAAAAGAAAAGUGUGAUGAUACGGAAAAGAAGCGAAGAAGAAAAAAAAGUAUCGCCGUAAACAUAUCUCCUUGGCAGAACAAAACUUGAACAGUGUACGCAGGUUCGUACACGCUUCUCUUGGGUGGGUAGAUGGGUCUUAGCGGUGGGUUCCGGAUCCCGUCGCAACCGGUACGCUGCGAUGGGGCCGGACAUUCACCUCGGGCAUGCACGCUGCGCACGCAUGCGCAGGCGACCACCCUGCAACGGGCCAGCUGCUCGGUGAGGUCGUGCAGGCGCCGUACGCUGUGCGCAUGUGCACAAUUGACCCGUUUCCCUCAAAAAGAGGUAAGGAACG